AUGGAAAGUGACUUGCCUGAUUCUAUUUUAUCCUUUAUCUUUAACAAGUUAUCUUUUAAGGAUCGUGUCAAAACUUUCCUAUUGUCCAAGCACUGGCUUCACGAAUGGAGAUUUUCAUCAACAACACACCUCAAUUUUGAUCUCUAUAACACACCGGCAACAGACAAAUCUCAAUUUACAGCAAGAUUGGAUCAGUUCAUGCUUCAUUAUGAACACGCUACAAUCAGUUCAAUUCGAGUAAAAUUUCCAUUGGGUUAUGAACACAAUUGUGUUGGACGGAAUUCAUCACGAUUUCUCAAAAUUGAUCCCAAUUCAAAGUUGCGUCAUUUGAACAUGAUUGAUUGCGGCUCUGAGAUAUCAGCUCCGUAUAUGAUAUAUAUUGAUGCUAAGAAUCUCUCGUCUUUUGAAUAUAGUGGUGUCAUCACUAGGAAAAUUUCUGUUAUGGCACCAAAGUUAUUGGAGAUUUUUUUGAAUGCUUCUGUAAAACACAAAUACAGUGGUCAUACUACAACAGCACCAAAGUUAUUGAAGGUUUUUUGGAAUGCAGCCGCCGCGCUACUGGAGGUUUUAACAUCAUGGUUGUAUGUGGGUUUUAGGAGCUAUGGUUUCUACUACACAUUUGCUAUGGUUUCUACUAUUGACUAUCUAGGCUUCUUUCAAUUUAUUGAUUCAUAG